CUUGGAGUCAGCGGGCGCGGAAGCUUUUAAGUCUUUAAGAAAUCCUGGAAAGCCGAGCCGGCGCACGUUCCUCUGCAGAGUAGCCGAAGAAGAGGGCGAGGGGUGCGGCGGCCCCCUUGGGGGUUCAGAACAGUUUGUCGGAGCUUUCCUGGCUGCCUUCUCGAUUAACCGCGGAAGGGUCUAAAAUAGGAGCCCAGCCUUCCAAGAUGCGGAAAGUGACACCGGAUCGACUGCCCCAAACAGCGCCCUAACUCCGGCUUCUCCAGUUCAGUUAGCCGGUGUCUGUCUGCAGCUUUAACAACAGCAGCCUCUUCUCACCCCAGUCCUUGAUGUUUUAGUCCAGAAAGCCUGUUUGAAUUCAGAAAGCCAAAGAUUUUAAAAACAAAGGAGACCCAGCACAGCUGAAAAAUGAACCCAUACAACUCAUCUUCAGACUUGAUUUUCCCAAGAGCGGCCAACGAAUCUCUCAAUGCCAGUGACGCGAUAGAGGACUGGGACGAAGGGACAUUGCUAGGCCUAAAGGUUUUACUGGCAGCAGCUCUGGUUCUGAUCACGUUGGCCACCAUACUCUUCAACACCUUUGUCAUCAUCACAAUUAUCCUGACCCGAAAACUCCACACUCCUGCCAAUUAUCUCAUUGGCUCCCUGGCUGCCACAGACCUCCUGGUGUCCAUCCUGGUCAUGCCAAUCAGCAUUGUGUACACGGUCACUCAUCUCUGGACCUUUGGCCAAGUCAUGUGCGAUAUCUGGUUGUCCUCAGACAUCACCUGCUGCACAGCCUCCAUCCUGCAUUUGUGUAUCAUCGCCUUGGACAGGUACUGGGCCAUCACGGAUGCUCUUGAAUAUACCAAACGCCGGACGGCUGGCCGAGCUGCCAUCAUGAUUGCUAUCGUUUGGGUUCUCUCCAUCUGCAUCUCUAUCCCUCCUCUUUUCUGGAGACAAGCCAAGGCUCACGAGGAGCUGGCCACUUGCACCGUCAACACAGAUCAGAUCUCCUACACGAUCUAUUCUACCUGCGGUGCCUUUUACAUCCCAACCGUGUUGCUUGUCAUCUUGUACGGCAGGAUUUACCUCACCGCUCGAUCCCGAAUUCUUAAGCCCCCCUCUCUCUACGGGAAACGUUUCACCACAGCCCAGCUCAUCACCGGCUCUGCGAGUUCUUCUCUAUGCUCCGUGACUUCUAAUCUUCACGAGGGACCUUCCCAUCCGCAGGGCUCCCCGGUAGUUAUCAAUCAUGUGAGGAUCAAGGUAGCCGAUUCUGUCCUUGAAAGAAAGCGGAUUUUGGCUGCGCGAGAAAGGAAAGCUACCAAGACCCUGGGGAUAAUUCUGGGUGCAUUCAUUUUUUGCUGGCUGCCAUUCUUUGUGGCAUCUUUGGUCAACCCUAUUUGCCAAGGAGCCUGUUGGCCUCUUCAUAUCCUGAUGGACGUUUUCACCUGGUUGGGUUAUCUGAACUCGCUGAUUAACCCCAUUAUAUAUACUGUCUUCAAUGAAGAUUUCAAGCAGGCAUUUCAGAAAAUAAUGCACUUUAAAAACUGCUUCUAGCUGCCUUGAUUUUGGACCCUGCUCCCAAUCAUAGACUUCUAUGCAUAAAGUUUUCUAUGUGGAAGUUCUCUGGGGUGGAUUAGGAGCUGUUGGUAGUAUUUUAGGUGCAGGCACUAAAAAUAAUUCAAUGAAUCCAUGAAGUACCAGAGUUCUUGAGAUUUUAGCAAUGCAGUUCCUAUGAUUUUGCAUAAGAACACUGAAAUCUCAAUAUUAUUUUACAUUCUAGCCUAGGAUCUUGCACAUAAACAUUGAAAUCUUGGGUGAUUUAAAGCACAGGGGUCUCCAACCUUGGCAACUUUUAAGAUCUGUGGACUUCAACUUCCAGAAUUCCC